CUCCCACGCAGGCUUUAUUGCUCUCUUGACACCUUCAGCGAGCUUCUGCCACCCUUUAAAAGAGGCAGAGCCUAUAGCGGAUCAGAGGACCUGGUCCCCAAGCUAAGCGCGCGCGGGACAGCAGGUGCUGCUUGGCAGCAGCUCUGGCAGGGCCCAGGCCCUGGGCUGUUUCUCCCUGAUGUCUGGAGAGGCACCCAUGUGUGACACUGAGCUUGGUGGUGGCAAGGUGAAGGAACUGAGCAUGAGCGUCAGGUGUCGCACGUCCUGGUUCGAGCGGUUUGUGCAGCCCUGCCUGGUGGAGCUGCUGGGCUCUGCCCUCUUCAUCUUCAUCGGGUGCCUGUCAGUCAUCGAGAGUGGGCCAGACACCGGGCGGCUGCAGCCGGCCCUGGCCCACGGGCUGGCCUUGGGGCUCAUCAUCGCUAUACUGGGGAACAUCAGUGGUGGACACUUCAACCCUGCGGUGUCGCUGGCGGCCAUGCUGAUUGGAGGCCUCAACGUGAUCAUGCUUCUUCCCUACUGGCUAUCUCAGCUGUGUGGGGGGCUGAUUGGGGCCGCCUUGGCCAAGGUGGUGAGUCCUGAGGAGAGGUUCUGGAAUGCCUCUGGGGCCGCCUUUGUGACAGUCCAGGAGCAGAGGCAGGUGGGGGCGGCACUGGGAGCGGAGAUCAUCCUGACAGCACUGCUGGUACUGGCCGUGUGCAUGGGCGCCAUCAACGAGAAGACACGCGGCUCUCUGGCCCCGUUCUGCAUUGGCUUCUCGGUCACCGUGGAUAUCCUGGCAGGGGGUGCUAUCUCUGGAGCCUGCAUGAACCCAGCUCGUGCCUUUGGACCUGCUGUGAUGGCCAACCACUGGAGCUUCCACUGGAUCUACUGGCUGGGCCCACUCCUGGCUGGCCUGCUCGUAGGACUGCUCAUUAGGCUCCUCAUUGGAGAUGGGAAGACCCGCCUAAUCCUAAAGGGACGAUGAAGCACAACUGCUGCCCCUAUGCCUUCAGCUGCCCCAUUCUGGGGUAAGGACAAGACAGUUUCUGCGCUUCCUUCCAGAGCAAAUGACCUGCUGCUAAUGACUUGGGCCUGGCUUCUCAGACAGACAGACAAACUACCACAAAGGCCCAAGGAUGCUCUAUGUUUUGGAAUUGCUCUGUGGCCAUCUGAGGCCUCAGCCUAGGAAAGGCGUUGCCAGCACUUCCCAGAGAGAUGAAAAGAGCACAGUGUUUUUCUUGAGAGGGCAAGUCCCAGGAGCAGGAGAGCAGUUAAGUGGCCGUUUAUGUACAUCAGCUCAUUUCCCCGCCUUUUCCUUCCUGUCUGCCUUCCUCCAUCUCUCCUUCCUUCCUUCACAUUAUUAUUGUUAGUUUUUCAGUGUUAGGAUAGAAUCCAGGGUCUCUCACAUUCUAGGCAAGUGCUCCAGGCCACACUCUCAGCCCUUCACAUCCCCUUUCUCUUUCCUGGAUUGUCCCUUGAUUCCUCUGUUACAAGGGCCUUCUGGAGCCUGACCACUUCCUUGCUUCCCAAGCUGCUAAUCUAACUUUGCAAUAAAGAGUCUAGUCUUUUCUUC